UGCAGCUUCUAGCUCUCCAGGGUUUCCUUCCUCUCUUCCUGAAGAAACUUCGUUGUCGCCUUCAUUUUCUGCAGGCUGUAGAGGGCUGUCAGGCUGGCAUCUUUGUUUUCUUCCUGUCUUCAUCCUUUCAACAAGAAAGCAUUACUUAGUGUUGGUGGCUGUACUAAUAUUUCAGCAGACCUCUUGGUGUAUGACUAAUACAUCUGUAGGUAAAUGGAAUUUCAAGGGAAAUAAAAACAAAUGUAACAAAAUCAUCCUAGUUGUGAUUUUUUUUAACCAUAUUUGAGCAGCAACAUGAAUUACAGAAAAAGCAUCUGUUGAUAAGCUUGUCUUUAGGAUUUUUGUUUGUGUGUGUCUUGUGAAUUAUAUGUUCUUUGAAUGACUUGCCUACCAAAACAAACCAAAUUGUGAUUUUAAAAAAACCCCCAACACUUAAAAAUGACUGAAACAUUGUAGUCUACAUCAGAUAUUAUAAGGAACAGUUUAGAUUAAUGUGAUGUAUUGAUUCUGAUCUGUUUGCAGUGCAUUGCUUAGUUUGACAAAUUCUGGUCAGCAUGACGACUAUUUAAUGACUUACUCACUGCCAGCAGUGCCUCAUUUUCUUAAUUCGCUUUUAGAAAUGGCCCUUAUCAAAACUGCUUCCUAUCUCAAGCGAUCAUUUUGUUAAAUUUGAUUAAAGACUUAGAAUGUGAUGUGUGUUUAAAUACUGCAAUGAUAAGCGCUAUGGACACCUUUUUCUUUUUCUUUUUCCUUUCCCUUUCUUCCCCUUUUUCCCUUUUCUUAGUAGUAGUAUUAGUAUUUUACAUGUAGAGUAUAAAUUUUAAAAACUUUUUUCCCCCUAAAAAGUCAAAACAUAUUUCACUUUGUUUUUUAAAAAGCUUCUACACUUAGCAGCUAAACAUGGAGUUCAGAUCUGCUGCCUAUUAUAACCUUUAGUGAACAUGCUUUUGGAAACAAGGGAGCUCUCAUGCAGGAUCAGACUUUGCCCAUCUAGUUCAAUAUGUUGAUUGUUACAGGUGCCAAUAUAAAAUGUUUUAGAGGAGGGUUCAUGUCAACCCAUAGUGGACCCAUACAGAAUGGCCAGGCCAUAGGAGAAGUUUCUUUUUAAUUUCCAUUAGUUAGUAAUAGGGUUGUGCUAGUAAUCAUUUUAAUCUGAUUUAAUGAAAGUCAUUAUCCGUAUAAAUGUAUAAUCCUUUUUCAAAUCCUGCUAAUCUGUUGCCCUCAAUGAGUUCCACCAGUUUAUUGUGUUUUAUUUUAAAAAUCUCAAAUACACCUUCUUAUCAAUUUUAAACUUUUUGACUUUCAAUUUCUUUGGACGUGCCCUUGUUUUUAAUGAGGAUCAUUCAACGUCAAGUGGUACUUCCUUGUUUAAGCCCAGCCGAUCACUGGUCUCCAUUCCCACUGCCCAUGUGAUGCCGUCUAAUGCCAGCUCUUCACUUUCCAAACACAGGGAAGCUCUGAAGUCUGACUGCUCACAAUGGAGUACAAACCUUUUACGAUCAGGAGGAAGUCAAAAUCUGGGCAUAGUGGACAGCUCUGUUGACAUGAAGGAUGUGAGGCCUGUGCGGAAGUGGUCAUCCUUGUCUAAACUCAGCACACCAGAUAGCUGCAGUCAGGAUGAAAGUGUCCUUUCAGGGGACUCCAGGGCUAGUACUGACAGAUCAGGGAGAGACAAGAACAUGUCACCACAAUUAAGGACAAAUGGGCCAAGUUGUUUGCAUAAUAGUAUGGAGUUGCUAAAAGUUGAGGACAAAGAAACUGGGAAAAAACGAUCUACUACGCUGGAUUGUAAAUACAAAUUUGAAAGUUGCAGCAAAGACGACUUUGGUGUUUCAGAUGCCUCAAAUAGGAGACAUGUCUUUGACAUGACCUACAGUGCCUUACCUGAAAGCAAGCCCAACUCAGCCAGCGGUGAGGCUUUUGGGCACAGAUAUGCAACACUGGGACAGCAGGCUAUGAACGGAGUACCCAUUCAGCCGUCAGUGAGGACUCAAAUGUGGCUUACAGAACAGUUGCAUGCAAAUCCUCUGGACUGUAGGACUGCUGAGGAGUCAUAUGGUUUGGCACCUUGGCAACUGCAGCAGCUUGAAGAUCUUACAAGGGGAAAUGAGCACCCUAUGCAGGUUCUGACUGAAUCGUCUCGUCAAGGUUACACAGGUACAGGCUAUCAGGAUUUCAGUAAUUGGGAAUCCCUUAUGAAAAUCAAAGAAGGGUUGCUAAGACAGAAAGAAAUUGUGAUUGAUCGGCAGAAGCAACAAAUUAACAGUUUACAUCAGAAGAUACGGGAGAAUGAAUUACGGGCUCAACAUGCCAGGCUGAACCAUCUUGUGAAUUGUGAAGAAUCUUACGUGACUAAUUUACAGCAUUCCCAAUAUGAGAACACGUCAUUGCAAGCUCCAUUUUCAGAAAGAUCAGUAUCCCACUGUGAGGAGCUUGAGCAAAAGCUUGCAUCAGUUGAGAAUAAGGAAAUGCAACUCAAUGAGUUUCUCAAGCAAAUUUCAAACAAAUCCAGUGAAGAGAAAAAGAAGAUGGAAGAGAAACUUAAAACCAGAGACAGGUACAUAAAUAGCCUGAAAAAGAAAUGCCAAAAAGAGUCUGAACAAAACAAAGACAAACAGAGACGAAUUGAAACCCUAGAAAAAUAUCUAGCUGACCUGCCAACGCUGGAUGAUGUAGAAAGGCAGAGUAAGCAGCUGCACAUUCUAGAAGAGAAGAACAAGCAACUGCAAGAAACAGUGACAGAUUUGGAGAAGAAGCUUGGAGAGACUAGAACACAAUGUAGGGAGAAAGAGCUGCAACUUGUGUGUCAGAAAAAGAAAGAAAAAGACCUGGUCACCACAGUGCAGAGUUUACAACAGAAGGUAGAAAAAUGCCUGGAAGAUGGUAUCCGCCUUCCCAUGUUGGACACAAAACAGCUUCAGAGUGAGAAUGAAUGCCUCAAAGAAAAGAACGAGAGAGCCCGCAAGGUCAUAGACAAUCAACAAAAUCAGAUAGCUGGGAUGAUAAUAGAAAUUCAGUCUAUGGAAGAAAAGCUUUUGCAAGGGAAACUGACAAUGCAGAAGAUGACAAAUGAGACUGAGGAAAAAGAAAGGCAUAUACAGCAGUUAAAUAAAACUCUGCUUGAAAACCAAAGACUAAUGGAAGAGAAUGCCUUUUUGAGGGAGCAGAUAUGCCAGAUGGAACAGUCCAGACAGCCAGUGUCUGAAAAGAUGCCGGUGGCUGACCAGUUGUUCAAAGAAAUGUCCCAUUGUUUGUUUGACUUGAAAGCACUAUGCAGUAUUCUCACCCAGAGAGCUCAGGGCAAGGAGCCUAACCUCUCCUUACUGCUGGGAAUCAGAUCAAUGAGCUGUUCAGCUGAAGAGAAUGAGAAUUACCACAGCACAGAAACUCUCACCAAGAAACUCUCGGAGGUGUGUCAAUUACGGAAGGAUAUUGAUGAACUGAGGACUAUAAUAUCAGACCGUUAUGCUCAGGACAUGGGAGACAACUGCAUUACCCAAUGAUAAAAUGUUGGUCUCACAGCAAUGACUACAUUAUUAAAUGCUGCUGUGUUACAGAUCUUUGCAUUUCUAUGAAGGAGCCAUAUGGGAAGAUUGCAUAUUGUAUAUGAGCUGCACAUGGGUGUCUGAUGGGUCUGAGGGUUUUGCAUAUUUAAUUUAGAGGAUGGUGGGGAAAUCUUAAUUUGAAGAGAGUGGUACAGAUCUCAAGAAAAUCUGUGUUCUCCAAACUACUGAAUGUUGGACCAAGCUGUGAAGAACGUUCCCAUUAGAGAUGUAGGAUUUUAUUUCCUCCCUCAUGGCUCAUUUAAACAAUCUGUGUGGUUAUACUGUUUUCCGGAGUCAAAGCAAAGUCUCAGAAAAUGGCAUUAAUGUUACUACUGUACUUACUUUCCUUCAUCAGAGGUUGGAGUUGCGCAGUCUGAAUUGAAAGGCUGGAGUGACACAUUCAAGCACCCAAAGGUGAGAGAAAAAAUGGACCGUUGGAGCCAGAUACUUCUGCAAAACACAUCAUGUUGGAAACUGCAAUUGGGGUAGUCCUUGACUACUACAAAAGGUGGUUGCUCUUUUUAUAAUUGCCUUGUGAAUUAGGUAAGGGAAAGAAGGUGUGGUUUCAGCAGCUGAUCCAUGUUGAUUAUUAGGGUUUUUAUUUUAUCCAGCAACAGUCUAGGCAAACAAACUCCGUAUGUGAAUGUGGUCCCAUCAGAUUUAGAUGUUAGCCUUCCUCAUAUCUCUAUCUUUUAACACGUUGCUUAAAAACUUUGUUUCAGUAAUAUGAAGACUGACACAAACACACAAAAGCCAGCUGUUUAUAAGUCUUAAGACUGGCUUUCUGUCAGAAAAAAGGACACUGGAGGUGUCUCAUGGUGUGUGUACUCAGGGCCAGUGCAAGGAAAUUUCGUGCCCUAAGCGAAACUUCCACCUUGAGCCCUCCCAGCCCUGCUGCAGCUCCCCUCUGCCCUGAGGCGCCCCCACCACGGCAGCUCCCUACCCCAGGCCUGGGGAGCCCUGCGGUACCUCCCCACCCUCGCUAACCUCUGCUCCGCGUCCCCUCCGAGCACGCUGUCCUGCUCUAAUUCUCCUCCUAGGCUUGCGGCACCAAACAGCUGAUUGGCGCCGCAAGCCUGGGAGGCGGGAGAAGCGAAGCAGUGACUGCGCGGUGGGACCCCCGGGCUGCAGGCGGCGCGCUGACUCAGGGG